GUGAGUAUGUUUUUGAACACAUUAACCCCCAAGUUCUACGUUGCCCUGACAGGCACUUCCUCAUUAAUCUCGGGACUUAUUUUGAUCUUCGAGUGGUGGUACUUCCGCAAGUACGGGACCUCCUUCAUCGAGCAGGUCUCGGUGAGCCACUUGCGCCCUCUGCUGGGCGGGGUGGACAACAGCGCGCCCAGCACCGCCAGUGCCGCCAACGGGGACGCGGACUCCAGCCGCCAGAGCGUCUCAGAAUGCAAAGUGUGGCGAAAUCCUUUAAAUCUGUUCAGAGGAGCUGAAUAUAAUCGGUAUACGUGGGUAACAGGGAGAGAACCUUUGACUUACUACGACAUGAAUCUUUCAGCGCAGGACCAUCAGACAUUCUUUACGUGUGACACAGAUCAUUUACGGCCUGCAGAUGCUAUAAUGCAAAAAGCCUGGAGAGAGAGAAACCCUCAAGCCCGAAUUUCUGCAGCGCAUGAAGCUUUGGAAUUGAAUGAGUGUGCUACUGCCUAUAUUCUGUUGGCUGAAGAGGAAGCAACAACAAUUGUAGAAGCAGAGAAGCUGUUCAAGCAAGCCCUGAAAGCUGGAGAGGGCUGUUACAGGCGCAGUCAGCAAUUACAGCACCAUGGUGCCCAGUAUGAAGCUCAACACAGAAGGGACACCAAUGUGUUAGUUUAUAUUAAGAGAAGGCUCGCAAUGUGUGCCAGAAAGCUGGGAAGGACCAGGGAAGCAGUGAAAAUGAUGAGAGACUUGAUGAAGGAGUUUCCUCUGCUCAGCAUGUUCAACAUCCAUGAAAACCUGCUAGAGGCUUUGUUGGAACUGCAAGCUUAUGCAGAUGUCCAGGCAGUCUUAGCAAAGUAUGAUGAUAUAAGCUUACCAAAAUCAGCAACAAUAUGUUACACAGCUGCAUUGCUCAAAGCCAGAGCUGUCUCUGACAAAUUUUCUCCAGAGGCUGCCUCAAGGCGAGGGUUGAGUACUGCAGAGAUGAAUGCAGUAGAAGCUAUUCACAGAGCAGUAGAAUUUAAUCCACAUGUGCCAAAAUAUCUACUAGAAAUGAAAAGCUUAAUUCUGCCCCCUGAACAUAUUCUGAAGAGAGGGGACAGUGAAGCAAUAGCAUAUGCUUUCUUUCAUCUUCAACACUGGAAAAGAGUAGAGGGGGCAUUGAAUCUCUUACACUGUACAUGGGAAGGCACUUUCAGAAUGAUCCCCUAUCCACUGGAAAAAGGACAUCUUUUCUACCCUUACCCUAUUUGUACAGAAACUGCAGAUAGAGAACUACUACCAUCAUUUCAUGAAGUUUCAGUUUACCCCAAGAAAGAGCUCCCCUUCUUCAUCCUCUUCACUGCUGGCCUAUGUUCGUUCACAGCCAUGCUGGCCCUCCUGACACACCAGUUCCCAGAGCUUAUGGGAGUCUUCGCAAAAGCUUUUCUCAGCACCCUCUUUGCCCCUUUAAACUUUGUGAUGGAAAAAGUGGAAAGUAUCCUGCCCUCCAGCCUGUGGCACCAGCUGACAAGGAUCUGAGGAGCACGCCUGCUGACUGACUGCCGUGACAUCUUCUGUGCCAACGUUUUGUUGACCACAAGAAAGCAUGAUAAAAAAGGGAAGCAGUUCUAAGACUUAAAAACUCUUCAUGGAUUGUCUGUUCUCAUAUGAAAACUGUUUUGUUGUACAUACUACAUUGAUGUUAGGUUCUAUUAUAUUUUGCCUUCAGAAAAGAAAAACUUAAAAAUAAACUUUUGUGUAUUG